AUUCGGAGAUAAUGCACGCUAAAGAUAGUGUAGCUGGAUGGAAGAACAAAGACAAGCUUUUCAAUUAAGAAUUUCCUGUCUUUAAGAAUCUUUAAGAAAAUUUGGAGAUAACGCACGUUGAGAUGAGUUUCCUCUAUUUAAGAAAAUCUUUACCAAAUCCUGUCUGCAACUAAAGCAAAGAAAAUGAGAAUGGAAAAGCUUUCCCUGUUGAUUGUGAUAUCAAUCUGUUUGGUUCUUUGCAUUCCCACUAAUAAUGCUCAAAUGCCAGGUUUUGUGAGCUUGGAUUGUGGUGGCAAAAGGAAUUUCACUGACAGCAUAGGACUUGAAUGGAAAUCCGAUCAGAGGUUUUCGUUUGGUAACCGGGCAAAAAUAUCAGUUCCGAAUGAGAGGCGGAGACAAUACAUGUCAGUGCGAUACUUCCCAGCAGAUAAAAGAAAAUAUUGCUGUACGCUUGAUGUGAAUCCACUGACUCGGUAUCUUAUAAGAACAACCUUCUUAUAUGGGAAUUUUGAUUAUAAAAAUGUGUAUCCAAAGUUUGAUAUUUCGAUUGGGGCGACUCAUUGGUCGACGAUUGUCAUUUCAGAUGCUAAUACUGUGGAGGUUAGAGAGUUGAUUUUUUUUACUAAUACAUCUACAGUUAGUGUGUGUUUAUAUAAUGCUACAACCGGGCAACCAUUUAUUUCUACUAUCGAGCUUCGGCUAUUAAGAGGUACCAGUUAUUUAACUGACUAUGAAACUGAAUUCUUUCUUGCCGUGUCCGCAAGAAUAAACUUUGGUGCAUUCAGUCAAGAUCCAAUCAGGUAUCCGGAUGACCCUUUUGAUAGACUAUGGUUGUCAGACUCUCUGCAGAAACCACAUUACCUUAUUAAUGUUGCUCCCGGAACAAAGCAAGUAUCGACUAAUAUGCCUAUCAACGUUGAUAAAGAUGAAAGACCUCCGGAGAAAGUGAUGCAGACGGCUGUAGUUGGUACAAAUGGGUCUUUAACAUACCGGUUGAACUUGGAUGGCUUCCCAGGUUCUGGAUGGGCAGUCUUUUACUUUGCUGAAAUUGAAGAUCUGGGUCCUAAUGAUACCAGGAAGUUUAGCUUAGUAGUCCCAGGCAUACCUGAUGCGAGCAAAGCCACGGUUGACAUCCAAGAAAAUGCCCAAGGGAAGUAUCAGUUGUAUGAACCAGGAUAUACCAACAUAUCACUUCCCUUCGCAUUCAAUUUUGGAUUUGGAAGAGCUUCCGAUUCGACGAGGGGACCCCUAUUGAAUGCUAUGGAGAUAAGCAGAUACUUGAAAAUAACCCCCGGCUCUAUAGAUGCAACCAUUAUGGCUGGUUUAGUUUCACAGCACCCAUCAUCUCUUUGGGCGAAAGAAGGUGGUGAUCCAUGCUUGCCUGUUCCAUGGUCAUGGCUGCAAUGCAAUUCUGACCCUCAACCAAAGAUUACCUCAAUUAUUUUGUCUAAGAAAAAUUUGGCAGGGAGCAUUCCCUUGGAGUUCACAAAGUUGCAAGGAUUAGCUGAGAUAUGGCUUGAUGGAAACGCAUUUGCCGGUCCAAUGCCCGAUUUUACUGCAUGUAAAGAUUUAAAGAUCAUCCAUCUUGAGAACAACCGCUUGAUCGGGGAACUGCCUUCAUCUCUGACGAACCUACCAAAAUUGGAAGAAUUGUACGUGCAGGGCAAUAUGUUGUCUGGAACUAUUCCUUCAGGCCUUCUCCUAAAAAAGAAUUUGGCUUUUAACUACACUGGAAACCCGGAUCUUGACAAAGAAGGAAGUAAAGGCUACAGCACAAGCAUCAUUAUUGGUAUAUCAGUUGGGGCUGCUGUUCUGUUUUUAGCUAUUGUGAUCCUUUGCUUACUUUGUCGGAAGAGGAAUGGAAAAGACACUCCUGGAGAGGCCAAACAUUGAACCUAAUCUUAUAAUGCCAGUUUCCAUUAUCAAGGGCUGUUUGUGUAGUUUGGUUAGGUGCUUUGAUAUUUGUCCAUCCCCCGGACUGGCCUUGAGAGUAAAAAUCUGUUUGACCAAACUUUUACAGUAUAUUUUUUCUGGUCAUAAAUUUUGACUUUUACUGUUCUAGCCUUGUGUGUAAGAAAAGAAAAGUUUGUUACAUGUGGAUACAUUGUUUAAAAGAACUUCAGGUGGCAUUGAAUGCGAGAUAAAUAUUUCU